AUGUCGGAAGUCGCCACCCUAGGUGACGUGCUCAAAACACUGGGCUGUCAUCCUAGCCUCGCUCAAUUCCCGUUCGACUUCAUCACGGAAUUUCCAUCAUACGAAGCCUACGCGCAUGCUUACAUCAGUGAGUUCAUAGCCAACACCAAUCACGCCCGGACCUGGUUCACAGCGAGAAAGAAUGCCCCAAUUCUGGUCAUCUGCGAAGAAGCCUUCGAUCAUGACGACUGGUGUUCUUACCCUGCUGUCGCUCGAUUCACGGGCGAGACUCUCGAGUCCUUGAAUAGAGCAGAAGGCACCAUUAUCCUGCAGUUCUGCUGUAACUGUGGCUCGUUGCAUGAGAACGGCGCUUGGAUUCUCAGCGAAAUCAUCUGCCAGGCUCUCACGAAUGAUCUCUGCGACUUCUCCGUCAUACACAUCCCUCGUCGAGCAGAUAGUGACAAGCCGUUCGAGUACAUGCAGCUGGAGGAGAUGUUGGAGCAAGUACUCUCUGCACUGCUCAAGCAAGCUCCUGUAGUCAUUGCAGUCGACUCAGUCCAUCGUUACGAGGCUCCGAAAGAAGCGAACGUGCACGUUUUCACAGCAUUGUCGAAGUUAAUCGAGCUUGCACAGACAAACCAGGAGAGGCACCCGCUCAAGGUUGUCAUCACGAGUGUGAAUGACCUCGGAUUCCUGCAGAAACCGGAGGGCAUUGCAAAGAUCGUGAGAGUUCCCGAAGAGGAGAGGCAGAAGGCUUGGGAGAUCGGUGAGCAACAUGCAAAUGAGAAGCAGUAUGCCUCUGAGGAUGAGGAGGAAGGUGAGUGA